AUGGUUGCAAUUGGGAGCCUGCUUUUCUGCGAUGCCUGCGGCUCGCUUUUGCCGCGGAUAGUGCCUGGCGAGAACAAAGAUGACAUGGUCAAAUGCGACGACUGUUUCCAAUACACCAAAGACACUUCCUCCAAGGUUAUCACGUCCAGGUCAAAGCCUAGUGCUUUCCCAUCAGCGUUACGAGCAAAACAUUCAGAAGUUCAGGCAGUCAACGCCGAAGACCUACAGGUCGAAGCCGUCAUUUCCAGGGAAUGCCCAGAGUGUCACAGACCAGAAAUGUUCUACCACACCAAGCAAUUACGAAGUGCCGAUGAAGGUACAACAGUCUUCUACAGAUGCGAAUGCGGUUUCAAGGAUGUUCAGAACAAUUAA